GCCGGGCGUAUUUUGGCACAUGCAGUUCCAGAACCCGAAGCGUCACGAGCCACCUCCCUUUUGCCUGUUUUUCCACAUACCCCCGCGAUUGUAUGUGUGCGCGCGGCCCAGUUGCCUUGUUUAGCUCGUUAUCUACGUUCUGUCCUGUUCAUUUUCACCUUAUAAUCCUGCCCAAACGAUUGCAGCCCGAGGUCAGCGAGUUCGUUGAUUAAAAUAAGGCUACCUUUUCGUCGUAGGAGAAUGCUCCCCACUCGAAUCGCGGAAUCGACAAGCAAAAGCAAGCCAUCACCAGCGGCAGCAAAUGAAAAGACCAAGGAGAAAGAUGACACGGGAGUUGAGGACGACAACGAUGCCAGCGAGAGUGGCCACCAGAGGGCGCCGAGGCGGUACCUUGCUUGUCCAUUUUACAAGCACAACGCCUCGCAGCACAUGAUCUGCGUCCGGUUCCGGCUGAGGCGGGUUCGCGACGUCAAGCAGCACCUCAACCGCUGCCACUCGCGCCACAUGCAGUGCCCCGUCUGCGGCAGUGAAUUCAAGGAUUCCCCAGGACUGGAGAGCCACAUCCGGAUGAGGAAGUGCCGCGAGCCGCCGGGCGGGUUCCGGAUCCAGGGAGUGACGGCACAGCAGGGCAAACUCCUGAGCCGCCGAGUCAAGCGCAAGGUCGGGGAGGAGAGUCAGUGGUACGGCAUCUGGCGCAUUCUGUUUCCUGGUUCGGACAGCCCAGCCUCCCCGUACCUCAUCAACGAGCUCGAUGAGGCCGUCAACACCGUCAAGGACACGUGGAAGCGACAGGGAGAGGAUAUUGUGAACUCGGUCCUGAUCAGGGGCCUCGCCGACGCAACAAUGGGCAGAAACACAGCUGGCAAUGACAGCCGCCCGCAUGCGGCAACACGCAAACACGUCAUGAAAAUGUCCCAAUGCGUCCUCGACGAGCUCAUCCGUCGUAUCCAGCUCGACAGCCGCAAAAUUAUGGGGCCAUCGCUUUCGGUUUUGGACACUGGCGACGACUCAGCCCUGGUGGGUACGGAGCAGGAGCCAGAACAUGAGGACCAAGAGAUUUGGCAGAGCCUAGAUGUCGACGGCAAUCAGGAGCAGCAUUAUCUGAGUGCAGACUCAAUGGGAGCUGGGCAGGGGCCAGGCAGUGGGAUCCAUGACUGCUCACAGGGCCAAGCUGUCGAGCCCGACCAGAAGCCACCUUUGGUGUGGGAUAGCAAAUUGCCGAGCGACAUCGGCAACUCGAGCAUGGUGGCAUACGAGGCCAGCCCCGAAUCAAACAUGCAGCCAGAAACCCCGUCGAUCGGCUGGAUGACCGCAGGAUUUCCCGGCUCUCCAGAGAACUCGCUAUCUACGUUUCAAGGCCCAACCGACGGCAGUUUUCCCCCCGGUUUGUGGUUCCCAGCGAUGGUGCACUGGAUGGAAAAACUCCAUGGCGGUUCAGGGCUAUCCUGCGAAAGCAUGUCGAUGCCGGCGUUUCCGGCAUGCUCGCGGGAAAGCUCUAUUUCGUGGGCGCCAACACCGGGGCAAGGCGACCCGUUCAUCGUCCCGGAGGGUAUGCUUCCUGAGGACUGUCCGGGGAGUGGUAUAAUUUAUGGCGAAAUAUCACCACCGGGGCUGGUACCAUGGGAAUGACCUUAUGAGUUUUGCUUUUCUUUAUUUUGGAUUGCUUCGUAUUUUUCCUCGUUUUUCACGUUGUAAUGACCGCGUAUAGAUUUCGUAAUAGAGUCCGUUUCGUGGCGUGGAGUGGCAUGCGGCGCGUGCAGCUCGUGGCAGUGGUGCAGAUGGAG